AUGGCAAAUUCCACAAAAGAUUUGUUUAACAAACUGAACGAAGCAGUGCAGAAACUGGCAAGCAUGGAGAGGGAUGAUGAUAAUAAAGAUCAUCACACUUCAUGCCCCAAGAUUCAAAAGGUCUUACAUCAUCAGAGAGGUCGAAAGAAGUUUGCAAAGUAUUACUUUCCCAGGUUUGUGUCAUUCGGUCCCAUUCAUUACGGUGAACCACAUCUCCAGCUAGGAGAACAGUACAAAUAUUUGUGGGCGUCAAUGUACCUUCAAGGUAAGGACCGAGACUCGAAACAUCAAAAGAUUCUAGAAAACAUCAAGAAUCUGAAAGAUCUCUAUACAAAAGAUGCUCUGGGAGAUUUCGAUGACAACAAUGAGAAACUGUCGGUGAUAUUGUUCGUGGAUGGAUGCUCUCUGCUUCAAAUCUUGCUUAAAUUUGAUUUCAAGAAAGCAGAAGAUCUGAAGAUCAAAGCUGACCUACUUGCUCUUCUUCGCCAGGACGUGCUUUUGUUAGAGAACCAGCUUCCUUUCCAACUUCUGAGUCUUUUAGCGAAUGACGACAACUUCGUCAUUAGAGCUAUAGACAAGUUUAUUAGUCGCUUUCAACGUUUCACCUCCCAUAGACCUGAGGGACAGUCGUCGAGGCAACGAUUUAUGGAGGAGGAGGAGGAGAUUGGUGAGCGGGAUUUAAAUAGUGGUGGUGAGGGAAAUCGUGAAGAAAUUGAGGUGCGGCUAAUCCAUCCUUCUCCUCCUCCUCAUCUUCUUCACCACCUUCGCAGUGAAAUGCUGCGUGGCUUUCACCCAAAAGAAACCAAAUCAAAACACAAACAUAGAUCAAGAACAUACAGGAACGUCAUGGAGCUGAAACAAGCAGGCAUUCGAGUUAAGAGAAGCAAGCCAAAAAGCCCUAUCGACAUCUCAUUCCACUCAACUUGGUUCGGUGGAAGACUCAAACUUCCAAAAAUAGUCGUCGACCACAUCACAGCACCGACGUACCUGAAUCUCAUAGCGUACGAGACAUUGCCGGAUUUCCAGAACAAGCACGAGAUCAGCUCGUAUGUGGAGUUCCUCGACACAAUGAUCGACCACCCCGAGGACGUGAAGCUGUUGCGAGCCGCCGGAGUUCUGCUGAACCGGCUUGGGAGCGACGAGGAAGUGGCUAAAUUGUUUAACACCAUAGCCGCAGACCUGAAGACUGAUGCUUCCACGUAUGCGUAUGUGACAGAGGAGAUAGAGAUGCAUUACAAGAAGAGGUACAAGACGUGGCUUUCUCAAGCUUUUCAUAUGUAUUUCAGAUCGCCAUGGACCAUCAUUGCAUUCCUUGCUGGUUUUUUGGCUCUUUUUCUUACUGCUGCUCAGACUUGGAUAACAUUCUAUCCCCCAAAACAAUAA